AUGGGUGUCUUACCGCAGCCAAAGCUCCCCAUAAUAGAUUUAUCAAAGGAAGACUUGCAGCCAGGCAGCAGCACUUGGGUCUCUACAUGCAACCAAGUCCUGCACGCCCUGCAUGAGUAUGGGAGUUUUGUUGCAGUGUACAAUAAGCUUCCUCAAGAAGUGCAUGACACAAUCUUCGACAAGGUUGUCGACUUGUUUGAUCUCCCCAAAGAGGUUAAACUCAAAAACAUCCAUGACAAACCCUUCCGUGGCUACGUUGGAGAUCAUCCAAAAAUUCCCCUAUACGAAGGCUUGGGAAUCGAUAAUGCAAAUACCUUUGAAGGAACGCAACGUUUCACCAAUCUCAUGUGGCCCCAAGGAAAUGAAAUUUUCCGGGAAAAUAUUCAUGCGUACUCGGUGGUGGUGUCGGAGCUGCAUAAAAUGGUGACAAGAAUGAUAAUGGAAGGGUACGGUUUAGAGAAGUACCAUGACUCUUUAAGCGGAAUGCUGACUUACCUUCUUCGAAUGAUGAGAUACACAAAAAACCCGAUGGGCGGAACUAAUGUUGGCCUUCCCUUCCACACUGACAAGAGCUUCUUGACCAUUCUUCAUCAAAAAGAAGCUGCUGCCGUCGAGGUUCAAACCAAGGAAGGUGUGUGGAUUCGCUUCCAGCCCUCACCUUCUUCCUUCCUUGUCCUCGCUGGUGAUGCAUUCAUGGCAUGGAGUAAUGGAAGGAUACGUUCUGGGGUUCAUCGAGUCAUUGUGGAAGCAGAAAAGCCAAGAUACUCUGUGGGAGUUUUUGCCCUAGGACUUGGAAUGGUGGAAACACCAGAGGAGUUGGUGGAUGAUGAACACCCACUAAUGUUCAAGCCCUUCAAUCAUGUUGGGCUCCUUGAAUUCUAUUACUCUGAGGAGGGCCGAAAAAUAGGGCGUUCUCUGGAAGUCAUAAAUGCCUAUUGUGCUGUGACAUGUUUUCCUAGGCAAGGGAUGCUCAUGAGCAUAGCCCAAGAGCUAUUUUUCAAUUUAAGUGUGCGUGAGUGUGUGCAGAGAUCAGGGAAACUUACCAGAGGGGCUGUGUUCAGGGAGGCAGCAGCAGCAGCAGCAGUUGUAGAGGGGGGCACCGGAAGAGGUCUUCAGGGCUGGAUUGCUGGAGCGGGCCGGAGUAUAGGGGUUGCCGGAAUUGCAGGUUCGUCGGAGUUGCAGGGAUACACGGGGCCGAUGGGAUGGCCGAGAGUUGCUAGUGGAGGGUGGCCAGAGCUGUCGCCGGAGACUUGUCGGAGAGGACGUGGUUGGAUUCUGCUGGCAGGGGCUCGCUGGUUCGUGGUGCGGUUGGUGGCUCGCCGGAGCUGGAAAAGAUGA